AUGCCCAAUUCCGUGCGUGCCGAGUAUAAGCACAAGCUGGACCAGCUCAUCUCCAAUCGACUGGAUCAAAUUAAGCUCCUGACCAUGCUCGCCGAUGACAAUCGCAGCGAAGCCUCCACCAUCGUCCAAGCCAUCGCUGAGAAAAUCCUGCGCACGCCUGGCGCCAAUCUGCAGUAUCUCUUUCUUGUCGAUUCCAUUUGCAAAAAUGUGGGCGGCGAAUACAUUCCCCUCUUCAAUCAGCAACUUGUUCGCCUUUUUCAAGGUGUCAUGGGACCGGUGCCACGUGAAACAGGUGGCGCCCCAAAGCCCAAGUUUGCGCCGCCGUCCGUAACUCCAGCCGCAGCACGACCACAGGUCGCCGCUCCGGCACCUACUCACCCAGCUGCAGCAGCCUAUCAUGACCCUGAAGGCUUGCGCCGCGCUCAGCAAGCCCUCCACGAUGCCGAGGAUGAGCUGCGCUACAACCCUGCUCUUGUCAUGGAUCAUGUUCGCCGGAGCCGGCUUGAGGAUACAGCUCGCCGCUUGUACCACGAGAUUCAAUCGUGGCCUUUGGCUCAUGAAGUUGCACAAGCACAACCAGCAACCAGCUUUGCCCCAGCCUAUCAUCAAUCGACGGCAGACCCACGCAGCAACGCUGCGCCGGCUGAUCCUCGCACCGCCCACGUUGCAGAUCCACGUCGGCCUCCGCCCGUACCACCACUUUCGAGUUUGCCUGCACAGACGCCUCCUUCACAAACGUCCUCGGCUCCCAAAACACCGCUCUCGGCGAAUUCGCUGCUUUCCAAGGUUCUUGAGACCGGUGGCCUAAGUCUCCUAUUACCUGGAUUGCAGUCGGCCAACCCGGCUGUCAACGCAAACGCUUCCGAGCCCACGGCUUCACCAGAUGCCAUCCCCUGGCGUAAUCUUGCCCCCAUGGCCCUCAACACACGGGACAUUAAGCAACGAACCGAUGACGCAUAUGUAGCAGCUCUAUACAAGCAACAGCCCCUGCAGUGCACCAAAUGCGGCAAGCGGUUCCGUAAGGCGCUCGGCAAGGCAUUAGAGCGCCACUAUGACUGGCAUUUCAUGCGGAGCGAGACUCGCGAUGCGCAAAAAAUCAUCUCUCGUGGCUGGAUGCAAACUCGAGCUGAUUGGCUACGCACCAAGGCUGCCUCAGUUGCGGAGCUCAACCGAGAGGCAGAUCCCGAACCGGCGCCAACCGUCACAGCCAGCGUUGAUGACGUCGAAGCCUCUAUUCAAGUGCUGCCAGCAGCCGAGGCACAAACGUGUGCUUUGUGCGGGGACUCCUUUGAAAAGUUUUACGACGACGACGAAGACAUGUGGGCUGUCCGCGCGGUGCAAACGCCAAAAGGCCCGAUGCAUGUUCAUUGCUUUCGCGAAGCUGCUGACGUAUGGCGAGCGCGCAUCUCGACCAUUGACUUGAUUUGCUUUAAGCACGAUUGUUUCUUGCCCCUCACGUUUUUGUGCUUGUCAUUGGCACAGCAACAUGCGCUGGUCUCACCGCCAGACAGUCGCCGCGUCUCGACCAGCGAGGAGCAGCCUCUUUCCAAGCGUAGCAAGCCCAUGACAAACGCCGAUGCUGACAAAUAG